GACACGUGUCGACACUUUCAAUCCACCAGUCCUGCUUUUAAUGUUAUUUUUAAGUUAACAGCGGUCAAAUAAGUAAAAUAUGUCGCUGCUUACCGCCGUCGAGACAGCCAUCAAGUCGUGCAAAGAAGAACGGGUGAGGGUGAAUGGACGCAUUCACUUCUACAGAGAACUACUACAAAGCCUGGCAGCUCCUGAUGAACCAGAAACAACAAAUGAUGCUCCGACCGACACAGCAACAUCAAACCCAGUGGAAAUGGCAGAAAUGAAACUGCUUGAACAAGCGUUACAAAAAGCCCUUUAUGUGCGCACUGGCACAAGGCUUUCUAGUCAAGUCCCCGAGGGAAACAAACCCACUCAGCUUCGAAAGGACCUCGGUGCCAUACCCAAACAGGCUACUUCAAAAGCCUCGUCUGCUUUCCAAGGAAAUCAGACGGCCAGCAGAUCGACACUCAAGUCUGCCGGCAGUGACAAAAAAGUGCCCAAAAAGCCUGGAACAUCAUUGAAAUCCUCAGCCACCUGCGGUCCUGGAAAGUGUAAAAGCACCGUUGGUAAAUAUGUGAACACGACCGAUCUGAGGAGCACGCAUCGUCAGGCUUCAAAAAGUGUCCAGCACACUGCCUCGGUGAGCACAAAUGCUAGAAGCAGCUCGCCGCAUGGUGAGGACCUGACCAGAGUUCCAGCUGCAGCAUCACCUCACACAGGAGACACAGCAGAUGACACUCUGACUCAACCAAGGAGACUACAGAGUGAGCAGAGAGCACAGUGGAUCUCUCUCAGGCUCAAGCAAAACAGAAUGUGGGACAAAGCGAUGGCCGCUCAAAGGAAACCUGCGCCCGGGAGGAGUCGCUUCAUGGAGAGAAUGAGAGCAACGUUUCCUAAGGACUGGCCACGUGGAAGCCCGGAGCAGAUCGGAAGUCUGGUUGGCAGACUAACUCGCCGGGCUGAUGAACUGGCCCAGCAGUGCCAGACAAUGGACCUUCUGGAUCAGCAAACCCCAGAGCAGGGCGCGGAACCGGGGAUGAAAGAAAACAGGUGUUCCUGUCUAACGCCUGAGAGAUUGCAAAUAACAGCAGUGGAGCUCCAGAGAGUUGCAGAGCGAGCAAAACAAGAGUGGGAAGCAUGGGAUCGAUGGAGGCCGGAGGGAGGUUGUCUUUACGCCGCCGGGCCAGCGGAAGAUGAGGCAAUCGCACGUCUUCUGCCCGUGACUAUCACUUACACCUCGGAGGCUGAGCUGCGGCAGCUGGAGGCAAUCAGGACGAGACUUGCUCUGCUGCGGCAGGAGAUUUACCUCCAGCAGGCUCUGCUGGACGCUCUGUCCCCUCAGCUGGCCUCCAUCGUCCCCUCGUGUCCCGACCGAAGUGUGUUGAGAGACGUGUACUCCCUACUGGGUGAAGGAGGUCAACGUUUCCCCGCCAUCAUCCUGGACUCUGAGCCAGAGUAAAUGAUUGCCCCUUUUUUCAAGGUCAUGAUAAAGUUCUUCUUUACGUAAAGUUCCAAAUUAGUUGAGAACCUUUCAUUGUAUUGCGUGAUGGAAUGAAAACAAUUGU